AUGGAAGACCGCGUGGAUAUGGAUUUUGUGAAUAUUACGGUAGGUGGACAUUCAGAUCUAAUAAGUAACUCCUUUUCAAAAAAAGAUUUCCGACUAAUUCAACGUCAACAUCAUAAAAAUGAAAAAGACCCAGAGACAGCAGAAAGUGCAGUAAGAAAUUUAAACAACGUUGAAAUUGGAGGGCGUCAACUGAAAGUCGAUUAUGCUGAUAAUGAUCUGCCAACUACAUCCUCCAAUUCAGCAAACAAUUCCUCACGUCAAAAUGAUAGUCUUGAAAGCAUUUCACUAGCAAUAAAACAUUCAAUGAAUAAAGCUCAACUCCUCGAGAUAUUAUCUACCAUGAAGUUGUAUAUACAAACUGAUGCAAAUCAAGCUCGUUCAUUAUUGUCACAAAAUCCUCAACUUUGCUAUGCAUUAUUUUUGAUAAUGUUAGAUCAGAAUAUUGUCGAUCAAAAUAUAUUGGCAAGUAUAAUACAUCAAAGCGCUUCACAAGGUCAACCUAUGCCUCAAUCAGUCCUAUCCAAUUAUGGUCCUCAGUCUAUUCCCAAGAUUCCAUCACCAUCAAUUCCUCAUCAACAUCAAUCGAUCUCGUUCGCCCCAAUUCCUCAACAAUCACAUAUGCAACAGCCUUCAUCUAUUCGGCAAUCUUCGCCUAUUCAACAACCACGAAUGCAUCUGCCCCCAAUGCAACAAGCUAUCAGUAUGCCGGCAAUAAAUGCUGGAAUGGUUAAUCAUUCACAGGCUGUUGCUAAUUUAACAGCAGGAAAUAUGAAUCAUUUGCAAAUGCAGGAAGCUCAAAAAUCUUUAUUAUUACAAGUCCUAAAUCUACCUCAAGCACAAAUUGAUAUGUUACCACCAGACCAACGUAAUCAUCUAUUGGCUUUGAAACAACAACUUUUAAUCCAGACUAGACCAACUAAAAACGAAGUUCCUGAAAUUAAAUACAAUGAUAUAGAAAGUGUAAAAGAUCAAGAAAUCGCUCAUGAUUUUGAAUCGUUGGACAUUUCUGAGCCAACAAAAAAAGCAAUUCAAGAAAUGGAGCAGUGCAUAAUAACAAAAUCAUAUGCGGUUCUUAGUAUAAGAUCAAUAAAAACCGCAGCAUUGCCUAUUCCAAGUCUUUCAAAGGAUACAGAUUUCUCAAAAGUUCGGCUCUCAACGCUUCGUUAG